AUGGCCCUGGGAAGAGUCAGUGCAAUUAUCUCUCUGAUGCUGUCAUUUUGGUUGGUGCUUCACUGUGAGAUGGCUCACUCAGCCACCUACACUGUUGGAGAUGGAAAUGGUUGGACCUUUAACACUGUGGCUUGGCCUAAAGGGAAACGCUUCAGGGCUGGUGAUACACUUGUUUUCAACUACAGCCCUGGGACUCACAAUGUGGUGGCUGUAGACAAAGCUGGUUACAAGGCAUGCAAGACCCCAAAAGGAGCCAAAACCUAUAAUUCAGGAAGUGAUCAGAUCAAGCUUGUCAAGGGACAAAACUACUUCAUCUGCAAUUUCGUUGGUCACUGCGAAUCUGGCACCAAAGUCGCCAUUAAUGCUCUCUGA